AUGACAAGCCGUGAGGGCACACUAGGCCCAAAACUCGAUCAGAAGGCCGGCUUGAAAGUGAAGAGCGCGAGCCACAUUCAGAAUAUAUCGAUGUUUUUGUUCAACUCGUCCAUUCUGUUGAGGGGUCUUGACAUAAGAGUUUUUGACAAGAGCAACAAAAUCGCGAAAUCGAUUGAAGACAUUGACUUUGUUCGGAAGGAGGUAAAGCCAAACGGCUCGAGAAUAGUCAUCGACGAUAGUUAG